AUGCCUCAGCAACAGAACAUCUCUGCACGUAUGAAGGAAUUUGGAUUAUCUGAAAACAAUUACUGGAAAUCAACAUUGCAAUCAGUUGAUGCUGCAUUAAGCAUGCUCUCGGCAUUUGAUGGACGGCACAUCAGAGAAAUAGAUAUAGCCAUUGAUUCUCUUUGUAAACUCCUAGCUAUAGGGGAUGAUUUUGAUAAAGCGAAAGAGCGUCCUCAAGAGCCAAGGCAAGAAACCAACAAUCGUACAGUGAAGCCAUAUGACACUAUCAAUGAGAUUGAUGCUUUUGAAGCCCAAUUUACGCGAUGUCUGCAAAAGGCUAUAGAGCUUUUUAUCAAAGACUAUUAUAUCAAUCAACACAAUUCUGAGAUGAAAACAUCAGAUGCAGGCAAACCACAAAAUAGGCACACCUCAGGAGAUUGGGACUUCAAUGAUGCCGAGUGUGAUUAUAAUGAACGCCAAUUUGCGAAGGAUAUGAAGAUGGCAAUCGAGUUAUCUCUUGAGGACAAAGUCAAAAAGAACAAAGCACAUGGCACGGAGGCACAUGAUGGUGCUGGUACUCCUGUUCAAAGAGAUGGCUUUUCAGUUACGAACGAGCAGCGUAAUAAUGGGGAAAUUACAUCCAACGCGACUCUCGAGCAAGAAGGCUUGGUAAAAAUAUCUACUUAUGGAGUUAGCCAUUCAAAUUGGAGCAGUUUCGACCCUCUCUUUGAGAGUAAUGAGCCACUCUCGUACCCUCGCCUAGCUACAUUGAAAUCAUACACUGCAAAUGGCGAUAAAGUCGACAACAUAGUUAAUAAACCCCAACCAGAGCCUUCUGAAUCACUGCGUGCUGAUUUGGUGUUUCCCACAGUGUCUGUUCCUAUUCCUGUCAGACACAAUGUAUCGACAGCUUUGCAUGCACAAGAGCAGACAAUGAUCAAUAUCACCCAGCCUCAAUAUAACGCAACACAAAUAUCAAAUAUCCAGAACCAGCUGUCAUACCAGCCUCUGCAACAUUACCGACAGCAAGCAAAGCAGCAGCAAAAGCGGCAGCGUCGAUAUCAGCAACAACAUUUACCACAGGCUGUUAAAUUCACGCCUCGUGAAACAGGCUCAUUAUCCUCCUCAGAAAACAGCACACCAGUCAUUGUUAAAAAUGCUGCUACCGGUUUUGAAGGCAAGCCUUGUAAAACGAAGGUUUUCGACGACUUGCUGAAUCGAGGCGUAUUGGCAAGUCCACGAGGAAUACUUGGAUGGGUAAAUAACAGUAGUGGAGCUGCUUCUUGGGAGCUCUUUGCUAGCUCAACUGACACCAAGUGGAAACGAGGAAUUGACAUUGAGAUAGCGGAUUGGGAAAAAGAGCAGGCCAAAAAUGAGACAGAAACAUUACCUCAAGGCAAAUCAGUGACCAACAACAAACAUACUUUCUGUUUGAUUGACUCCAACACUUGUAUUUGUGAUGAUUGUAUUUCAGUCGAGACUGAUGGAACAGAAGACAAUUGGACCAAAGAAGAGGAAAGGCCUGAUACUAUGGUAAUUUUUAUACCACGAAACCCUAUCAGAAAAUCAAAGGGGCCACGUAUCUUUCGUCCUGACGAUGGCGACUUUGAAAGCGACGACGAGGAACAGGAGGAAGAGACUGAUGGAUAA